ACCCUAAAUGCUCCUUUCCCAGACACCGGCUUCAGCAAGAGCUCGCACCCGCCAGCCCCACUCCACCCACCCACACUUCCGGCUUCCGCUCCGCGUACCCGCGAGUACUUCCGGCUUCCAGCGCCGGGCGCUGCGGCCCGGAGCUGUUGGGUGAUGAGACCCAAUGAGAGCAAUGGAGGUGUCCCAGCCACUCAGCAAACGUGUAGUAGAGCUGAAACCUCAAUUCCCAGCAUCCUUACCCUGCUCAAUCCUUACUUGCUGAUGAAGUCAGCUUGCAGCAUUUAUGGCAGCCAUGGGUCCCAGGCAGUGCUGAGAGCAGUGGGGCAUGGCUGCAGCCCUGCAGGUUCUGCCCCGCUUGGCCCGAGCCCCCUUACAUCCAUUCCUGUGGGGGGGCCCAGUGGCCCGGCUGGCCAGCAGCAUGGCCUUGGCAGAGCAGGCGCAGCAACUAUUUGAGAGUGCUGUGGGUGCAGUGCUGCCGGGCCCCAUGCUGCACCGGACACUGUCCUUGGACCCUGGUGGCAGACAGCUGAAGGUGCGGGACCGGAGCUUUCAGCUGAAGCAAAACCUCUACCUGGUGGGCUUUGGCAAGGCUGUGCUGGGCAUGGCAGCUGCAGCUGAGGAACUACUGGGUCAGCAUCUCGUGCAGGGCGUGAUCAGCAUUCCCAAGGGGAUCCGUGCUGCCAUGGAGCGAGCUGGCAAGCGGGAAAUGCUACUGAAGCCACAUAGCCGUGUCCAAGUAUUUGAGGGUGCAGAGGACAACCUCCCGGACCGUGAUGCGCUGAGAGCUGCGUUGGCCAUCCGGCAGCUGGCCGAGGGACUCACAGCUGAUGACCUGCUGCUCGUACUUAUCUCAGGUGGGGGGUCAGCCUUGCUGCCUGCCCCCAUCCCACCUGUCACACUGGAGGAGAAACAGACACUCACCAAACUUCUGGCGGCCCGUGGAGCCACCAUCCAGGAGUUGAACACCAUUCGGAAGACCCUGUCCCAGCUCAAGGGUGGGGGGCUGGCUCAAGCCGCCUACCCUGCCCAGGUCGUGAGCCUCAUCCUGUCCGAUGUGGUGGGGGACCCUGUGGAGGUGAUCGCCAGUGGCCCCACUGUGGCUAGUUCCCACAGUGUGCAAGAUUGCCUGCAUAUCCUCAACCGCUAUGGCCUCCGUGCAGCCCUGCCACGUUCCGUGAAGACUGUGCUGUCUCGGGCCGACUCUGACCCCCAUGGGCCACACACCUGUGGCCAUGUCCUGAAUGUGAUCAUUGGCUCUAAUGUGCUGGCACUGGCUGAGGCCCAGCAGCAGGCCGAGGCACUGGGCUACCAGGCUGUGGUGCUUAGUGCAGCCAUGCAGGGUGAUGUGAAAAGUGUGGCCCAGUUCUACGGGCUGCUGGCCCAUGUGGCUAGAACCCGCCUCACCCCAUUCAUGGCUGGGGAUUCUGUAGAGGAAGAUGCACAGCUCCAUGAGUUGGCAGCUGAGCUUCAGAUCCCAGACCUGCAGCUGGAGGAGGCUCUGGAGAGCAUGGCUCGGGGAAGGGGCCCAGUCUGCCUGCUGGCGGGUGGCGAGCCCACAGUGCAGCUACAGGGCUCAGGCAAGGGUGGCCGGAACCAGGAGCUGGCCCUGCGUGUUGGAGCGGAGUUCAGAAGGUGGCCACUGGGGCCUAUAGAUGUGCUGUUUCUGAGUGGUGGCACCGAUGGGCAGGAUGGGCCCACAGAGGCUGCUGGGGCCUGGGUCACACCUGAGCUUGCCAGCGAGGCUGCAGCUGAGGGCCUAGACAUGGCCACCUUCCUAGCCCACAAUGACUCACAUACCUUCUUCUGCCGUCUCCAGGGCGGGGUGCACCUGCUGCACACAGGGAUGACAGGUACCAAUGUCAUGGACACCCACCUCUUGUUCCUGAGGCCUUGGUGAUGGCAUAGGUCACAUUUUGGGAGUUCAGAGGAGGCAUCCAAGGGCAAGGUCAGAUGGCAGACCAAGGUUGCUCCUCAGGGCCUCACUAGGCUUUAGGGCCCCUCCUUGGCCUUGGCUGCUUGGUUGGCUGUCACCUCUCACUCAGGGCCUCUGCUCUAUGUCCAUUCCCCUCCAGCCAGAGGCUCCCCUCUACCCCUACUUUCUGGAUGGCAGCAGGUACCCCUGAGGAUGAGGAGAAGGCCCUCACCCAGUUCACUGUUUCCAUGCUUCUCUCUAGGCAGCCUCUCUGUUAAGCCCCUCACCCUGUUUUUUUCUGUGAAGCGAAAAUGUCUGAAAAUAAAUAGGACUAUGCCA